AUGCCUUCAAAAACCACACCAAAAGGUCCAAAGAUCACCAAUAUGACUGAUGAGACCAUUACAGAGAAUACCAUUUUGGUCAACUCUCAACACAAAGACAUGAGGUUGAUGUUUCUUUUACAAAAGGCUGUUGAACAUUUACACGAUUUUGCUAGAGAAACAAGAUUAACCACAGAUGAAUGGAUGGCUGCUAUUGAGUUUUUCACCGCUGUUGGCAAAAUGUGUAGCGAUAUUCGUCAAGAGUUUAUCUUAUUAUCGGAUACUAUGGGGUUGUCUGUUUUAGUUGAUGCUAUUUCACACCCCAAACCAUCACACGUUACUGUUGGUACUUUGUUGGGUCCUUUCCACACCCACGAUGCUGAAGAAAAACACCAAGGUGACUCAAUUUGCUCUGAAGGUAAAGGUGAACCAUUGUUAAUUGAGGGUACAUUGACCGAUUCGACAGGAAAACCAUUGGCUGAUGCCUCUAUUGAUCUUUGGCAUUGCGAUGCUAAUGGUCUUUAUGAUACUCAAUAUGAGCACAGAGAAGAUCCAGAUAUGAGAGGUAUCGUUAAAACCAAGGAGGAUGGAUCCUUUGUCAUCAAAUGCACUAGACCUGUUCCAUAUGCUAUUCCUCACGAUGGUCCAGUUGGUAAAUUGUUACAAAAAUUAAACAGACAUCCAUACAGACCAGCACAUAUCCAUUUCAUAAUCAAAAAGGAAGGCUAUGAUGAAUUGAUUACCGCUUUAUACCACAAGGGAGACCCAUACGAAACUUCAGAUGCAGUUUUUGGUGUAAAAACACCAUUGCUUUUCACUUUGUCUAAAGUUGGUGAAGAAAAAGCUAAAAAGUACAAUAUGAAGCCCGACGACUGGUACUUGAAAUGGGAUUUCAGUAUUGUUACCGAAGAAGAAUCAAGAAAUUUGGUUCUUGAGAAUAAUAAGAAGGCAUUGGGAAAAUCCGAUGAUAAGGUUGUUAUAAACUCUGAUGGUUUACCGGAAUUUGCCCCAUUAGAUUGA